CAGAGCAACCCAUUCCGUCGUCGGGGUCGGGCGAUUUAGAAAUCGAGAAAAAAACCCAUACAGCUCCCGAAUUCGCAGUGGAGAAACCCUGAAUCCCGACAAAAGGUACCUGAGAUUCAGAUUCGAUCUUGCAUUUCAGGUGUCGGAAAUGGCGUCGUCUUGUUCGAGCGUUAGCGGUGGAGAUUUGACGGAGCGACGAGGGAUUCCGGCCGCCAAAUUCAUCGAAGCCGUCGAGACUUACCUCUCUCAGUCCGGUCUUGAUGCAAACUCUGCUCUUGCCUUCCUUCAGGAGAGGCUUCAGCAAUAUAAGGUGGUAGAGAUGAAGCUUCUCGCCCAACAAAGAGAUCUUCAGGCUAAAAUCCCGGAUAUUGGGAAGUGCUUCGAUGCCGUUUCCACGUUACAAGCAAGUAUGGGUACUGGUGAGGCCCUUAUUGCUGAUUUUGAAGUGUCUGAAGGCAUAUAUUCACGGGCUCAUAUCGAAGAUUCAGACUCGGUCUGUUUGUGGCUGGGAGCAAAUGUCAUGCUCGAAUACUCACGUGAAGAGGCCACGGCUCUCUUGGAAAAGAAUCUGGAAAAUGCUAAAGCCAGUCUGGAGGUUCUUGUAGGAGAUUUACAGUUCUUGAGGGAUCAAGUCACGAUUACUCAGGUGACGAUUGCCCGUGUUUAUAACUGGGAUGUUCAUCAUCGGAGGCUUAAACAAGCUCCUGCUGUGGCUACAGACUCGUGAAGAACACUUUCAGAUUGUUUACUCCAUGGCAUAGGCAGAGGUAUUACAAAUCUUUGUACCAAAAAACCAGUGCCCUAACUCCUUUUUGUUUGUAAUUUUUGUUUCUUUGUUGUCUGAUUGAAAUUUUGUUGUUACUACCCAAUGAUACAACACUUUGUUUUUUAUAAUCUUUCUUCUGCUUUUGCAUAUUAUCUGGAAUUAUGGAGAGUUGCUGUUGGAUUUUC